CCGAUCUCCGGCGCCGGAACCAUUUUCCUUUGGUGGUGAUGGUGCUGUGGUGGCUCUUCCUUCUUUGUCCUCUGUUUUGAGGCUUUCCAAGAAGGGGCCGGGAGGUGGAGCCUUGGUGGCCAUGGCGACUGAUAGCCGGACUCUCUCGGGUGUCGUCUUUGAGCCUUUUGAGGAGCUCAAGGGUGAGGGAUCUCAUCGCGUGCCCAUGUCUUCUCAAGAGUCACUCGCCCGCCAGCUCUACUCCGAUGACUGCGAAAUCGCGAUCAAUGAGCAAAUCAAUGUGGAAUACAAUGUUUCAUAUGUUUACCAUGCGUUGUAUGCAUACUUCGAUCGUGAUAACGUCGCCCUUAAAGGCCUUGCCAAGUUUUUCAAAGAGUCUAGUGAGGAAGAGAGGGAACAGGCAGAGAUGCUGAUGGAAUACCAGAACAAACGUGGGGGAAGGGUGAAGCUGAAUUCAAUUAUAUUGCCACACUCUGAAUUUGACCACCCUGAGAAAGGAGAUGCGCUGUAUGCCAUGGAACUGGCAUUAUCUCUGGAGAAAGUGACUAAUGAGAAGCUUCUCCAUCUGCAUAGUGUGGCAUGCAACAAUAAUGAUCCUCAAAUGCAAGAAUUUGUGGAGAGUGAGUUUCUCGGUGAACAGGUGGAAGCCAUAAAGAAAAUCUCUGAUUACGUCUCACAACUGAGAAGGGUGGGCAAAGGGCAUGGAGUUUGGCAUUUUGAUCAGAUGCUUCUCCAUGAUAGAAGAAGAAGAACAAGCUGUUGCAUAAAAGCUA